AUGAGGUUUAAGACAUGCGAGCACAAAUACAUCCUGAAAGCAAACAAUGAUAUGGUUCAAGGAGGUGUUGAUUGUAACCAGUUAAUUGAUUUGAUUGGUCGUGUCGUUUCCAUUCAUCAGCCAAAAGAUAUUCAAGUUAAACAAAAUUCCCAAAGGUUGAUUGAUUUUGUUAUUGAGGAUUGUAGGGAAAGUCGAUUGACCGUAACCUUAUGGGACGAGCAUGUGGAUUCCGUUUUGCCCUUUUUUAAUGGUGUUUUAACAGACCCAUUGAUUGUUAUACUACAAUUAUGUAGAGCUAGGGUCACUGAUGAUGGUGAGAUUAGGAUUUCCAGUUCGUAUACUGCAACUAGGAUUUUGUUCAACUAUGAAUGCCCCGAGCUUUUUGCUUUCAAUGAUAGUUUGCCUAGGUUCUUGACUCCAAUACGGAGUAUAAGCUCAAGAUCCAGAAACACGGGAUCUGGAUCGUUGGAAACUAUGUCAAAUAAGAAUAUCACAGUGACUUCUUUAAUGGAUAUUUAUGAUGAUAAGAAGAUUGGAGAAUUUUGGGUCGUUGGAGAAAUUUUAGAUAUUCAACGCGAUUGGUACUUCAUUGCAUGUGCGAAUAAGGGUUGUGGGAAGAAACUUCAAGAAAUUAAUGAUCAAAUGUAUUGUAAGUCAUGUGACCAACAGAGUCCUGACGAAAUAAUCAAGUAUAAAUUGGUUAUUGAUAUACUUGAUGAUGAGCAAGAUGGACAACUAAUUCUUUGGGAUAAUGUGUGUUCGCCUCUAUUAGGGAUCACUGCUAGCGAGUUAAAGGGGAAAUAUUCUGAGGAGGGUUGUAUGCCCAAUGAGAUUGAGGGAUUAAUUGGAAAGACCAUGAAGUUCAUGAUAGUUACAAGAGAUGAUCAAUUUAAGUACAGAGGAAAUGUUGCUUUUACUGUUUUAGGAGUGCAAGCUGACGAAGCAAUAAGCAAUUCUUUCAAAAAGGGAGAACAAGGCAGUGUGAUUAGGAAGCUUGCUGAGGAAAAAGAAUUCAAUGAAAAUUUUGGACAAGGCAUUGAACCACUAGAAGUUAUACCUUCGUCUAAUUCAGAAUUAAUCAUUCUUGAUGAAAACACUCUUGAAGAGAACAAACAUGGAUUGUUCAUCAUCUUCAAAGACUUGGAAAAAGCCUAA